UUGAAUUACUUUUUGAUUCCUGAUCGACCUGUGUAAUAUAUGUACAUGAUCGAUUUAAUUUAAGGCUACGUGUACAUUGAUUUCAGUCAAUACUUUAUUAUAAACUUGUUUUUAUUAUUGCAAUUACUUCUACGCUUAAACUAUGGCUGAUCAAUAUGAUAAAUUAUCAUGGAAAGAAGUACGAGACAUGUUCAGGACAUGGAGAGAAGAUAGUGAACGGCGAAGUAAAGAUGUAGUUGAUCUAUGGGAGUCUAAAUUAAUGGCAAAAAUUGAUCAACUUGGCAAUGAGAAAUAUCUGGUUUUGGAACAAGUCUGCAUAGCCGCAUUGGAUUGUGAUCGUCAUUCUUUAGCAGAAUAUUGCAUUAAAAUAUUGAAAAGAGAAUUUCCUAGCAGUUUAAGAGUCCAUAAAUAUCAUGCUAUGCAUCUGGAAGCUUUGGAAAUGUAUGAUGAAGCAUUAGAAGUUUUGGAUUCUAUUAUAAAAAGAGAUGAAACAAACGCAGCACCAAGAAAAAGACGUAUAGCUAUAUUAAAAGCGAAAGGUCGGAUAUCAGAAGCUAUUAAAGAGCUUACAGAAUAUUUAAAAAAAUUUAUGAGUGAUCAAGAGGCAUGGCAUGAAUUAUGUGAUCUAUAUUUACAAGAACAAGAAUAUUCCAAGGCUGCAUUUUGUAUGGAAGAACUUAUAUUGCAUAAUCCACAUAGUCAUUUAAUUUAUCAGAGAUAUGCAGAAAUAAAGUAUUCUCAGGGUGGAUUUGAAAACAUGGAAUUAGCAAAAGCAUACUUUUGUCAAGCUGCAAGAUUAAAUCCAAAUAAUAUCAGAGCUUUGUAUGGUUUACUGUUGGCAACCAAUAAUAUUGCCACAUCACCUAAAUGUCCCUCUUCUAAAAAGAAAGAUGCAAUAAAAUUAAGUGAAUGGGCAGCUAAUCAAAUUGAAAAGCAAUAUGAAUCAAAAGUAUCAGAUGGAAAUAUUAAAACGAUUGAAGGAUUAUUAGGUCAAUUACAACUGGAAGUUUAAGUAUACAAAUUUAUAUGUAUGUAUGUUACUGUAAUAUAUGUAAAUGUACUGAUCAUUCCUUACAAUUUACACGCAUAUAUAAUUUAUUAUUUAAUACAAAUCUUUUGACAUAAAUAGCUUUUUAGUAUGUCAAGUAAAUUUGUGAAUGUAUAUUAAGAUACUUACUAUCCAAAAUACAGUAAAGUAUUAUUUAUCUUAUUCAAAUAACUUUUAAGAUCAUUUAGUAAAAAGAUUAUAGAAUUAAAUGAAGACAGUUCAUUAUUCUUUUCAUAAUUUCUAUAAAAUGUUAGAAAAUGACAUUUUAUUGAUGGUUCAAAAUUUUUCUUGUUAUGAAUAUUAUACUUUCCCGCACAUGUCCUGCUUUAUUUUUUAAAAUGCACAUAUGGCCAUAAAAAGUAACAAUUUAACAAAAUUUAUAUUCUCAAACACGAAUUUGAAGGAAAAUAAAUGUUUGUUACACGUAAAAUAA